AUGGGCCACAAUGUCACGGAAGGAGCAAUAGUCCAGCACCUAGCAAAACUCCGCAGUCGCCGGGUUGAUGCUGGUAAAGACGUCCCUCCACCGCUUCGACGCGGCGGCAUUGGGGCUCCGAACAAAGCCUCAAACGCGUCUACAACAUACUCUGGAGGAGCAGCUCGGCGCAGGAUGCGCAACGGACGGGAAUCAGACAGCGCAGCGGAGCCAUCUGAUCUUGCCAAAGAUGCUGAUACCUCGUCGGACGAAGAGUACGUGGAUGGACGCCGCUCGAAAACUCAGAGACACGCAGCACACAGGAAAUGCUUGAAAGUCCAACGCAAGGAAGACCACCGUGUCCAGCCCCAGUCUGAAAGUGACCAGGACGCUGACGGCAGUCCGAUUGGCUCCGAAGACUUGGUGGUUUCUGGUGCCAAAUUCCUUGAGUAUCCCAACGACAGGGCUCGAAAUCAUUCCUCCCUUCCUCUGCGAAAGCGGAGCAAGGUGAUUGUUCUAAGAUACAGGCGUGGAGAGCAGCCUACAAGCGAACAGCCUGUCAAAGUCGAGAGUGAAGAACAUACUACAGUCAGCGCUUUCCGUCCUCACAAUCAGAGUCUACUUGACCAGCAAUUGUAUCAGGAUCUUCAUGGCACAAACAGUUCGAAUGCCAUGGGGGCGGCAGAUACUCAUAACAUGGGUGGAAAUUAUUUGUCUGCGGAUCACUCCAACAUGGGCAUGUCGUCCAUCCCAGAUCCAAACUCGAAUUUUCUAGAUUUUGCGUCCAGCCAGAGUCUGCAUAUGAAUCCUUACCAGAACUUUUAUCCCAAUUCACAGAAUGAGCAGCUUGGAUUUGUUCCGAACACCUUGAAUCAUUUGAACUCUCACCAGAGUGAGCAAAUGAGCAUUGCUCCAGGGGAGCAAGGCAUGUAUUUUGACGACGUUUUUCAGUACCUACAUGCCAAUGAUGCGCAUCAAGACAGUAACGGAGCCACCUUUGCGGGUUCAGGGGACAUGGAUCCCUUUUUCUGA